UGGAGAAUUCAUGUGCUGGAAGGAGAUUUAAGUGGAGAGCGAAGGCAGAGCGGCAGAGAAGGGACUGGGGUGAGAGUGGGAGCUGAAGACUGAGAGAGAAACAGGCAAGGGGGAAAGAGGAGUAAGGGAGCAUCAGAGUCGAGUCUGCUUCUAACCACCGCCUGUCGGAUCUCCCUGAGCUGACGGGCUGCUGCUGCUGCUGACUGGAGACUGGAUCCUUUUGCAGCACACACACCAGAGUUUCCCUGUGGCUAUGCGUUCAGCUUGUAUUAACCUCUGCUGGCUCUGUCACUGGCACACAUGAGCGAAGGUUUGACCAGCUUGGACCUGACUCAACACCCAUGAACCCCUGCCAACUCUGGCAUACCCUCUCAUUAAGGUGCCCAGUUGGACUCUGGAGGCCGAACAGUGAAUUCAUUUAUCUGUUCAGGAAACCAGCUUGAAAUUAUAUGAACGUUGAGAAAUGGCACGUUAUCCUGCUGUAAGCAGCCAUCUGAAAAUGGGUUUACUGUGGUCAUAAAGGAAUGGACAUGGUCAACAACAACACUCAGAUGGGAAAUGCCUCCGAAAUAUUUCAGUUCGUGUCCAGAAUAUCAAAAGAUAAUGACUUCGUCAUGGGAACACUCUACACCAUAUUUGGUGUGUUGUCCGUACUGGGGAAUGGGAUCCUGCUGUUUGUGGCCUAUAGAAAGAAAUCCUCUCUGAAGCCAGCAGAGUUCUUUGUCGUCAAUCUGGCCAUCAGUGACCUGAGCAUGACUAUAACUCUGUUUCCACUGGCCAUUCCCUCAGCCUACGCUCACAUGUGGUUAUUUAACCUGACAACCUGCACUGUCUAUGCCUUUUGUGGUGUUUUGUUUGGCCUGUGCAGUCUGUCCAAUCUCACGGUGCUCUCUUGUGUUUGUUGGCUCAAGGUCUGCUGUCCAAACUAUGGUAACAAAUUCUCAUACUGCCAUGCCUCCCUACUCGUCGCGGGCAUCUGGUGCUACGCCGGAGUGUUUGCCGUGGGUCCACUGUCAGGUUGGGGAGAAUAUGGGGCUGAACCUUAUGGGACUGCGUGCUGCAUCAACUGGCACGCUCCCAACCACAGUUCUGCAGCGAUGAGCUACAUCAUCUGUCUCUUCUUCUUCUGCUACAUUGUUCCCUGUACUGUUAUAUUUCUGUCCUACAUCUUCAUCUUGGUGACAGUGCGAGGCUCUCGGCAGGCCGUGCAGCAGCACAUGUCUCCUCAGAACAAGAUCACCAAUGCACACGCACUUAUAGUUAAGCUUUCCGUGGCAGUUUGCAUUGGUUUCCUCACAGCUUGGAGUCCAUAUGCGGUUGUUUCCAUGUGGGCAGCCUUUGGGAAAGCAACAGAUGUACCACCAAUGGCUUUUGCUUUGGCAGCCAUUUUUGCCAAGUCCUCCACCCUUUACAAUCCCAUUGUCUAUCUGGUCUUCAAGCCCAAUUUCCGCAAGUCUCUGUGUCGGGAUGUAGCUCACUGCAGAAGCACAUUCUGCAGAUGUUUUUGUCAACACAGCUCUGCACAGAAGGGAACUUGCAGGCAAUCUCAUCACAUUGACGAGUGCAACUCUACAAGGUUGUCUAACGGACUGCCAGAGAACCACCGGACCUGCAGACAUUGUCCUUGCACUGAAACAGUCUCCGGUGCCAAGGAAAAUUUCACAGAUUACAGUCCUCAACAGACUGCCAGAAUACUGAAAGGAUCUGUGCAAACCGAGGUCGCUGUCAGUCAGCUCUCCAAUGAGCUGCAGAGUGACUUUCUUUAAAGAGAGAAAAACGCCGCCUCAAAGACAAAAGCUGCCACAAGAAACCAGCAACAAAAAACUGCAAGACGUUGGAUUAAAAAGAAAAAGGCUAGUUGCAAUUUCAGGAAUAGUCACAGGCUCAAGACGUACUUACUGAUGAAAAAGACUAUUAUUCAGUAUUAUUCUUGAGUUUGAAGCUUGUUCUAUGCCUCAAAUAUUUAAUACUGCCAAUACAAAUAAAUUAUAUAAAAAAAAUAAAUAAAUCAAGAUUUGAUCAUGCAGUUAGAUGCAAAUACAGUAAAAUAAGCAAGCCAACCAGUUCAGAUGAUUUGUCAGGUCAAAGUUACAAGCAUCAACUAUUUUAUUGCUCUGAACAAUCAACAUCUAGGAAACAAGACUGAAGAGUAAAAAUGCAAAAUCAAUUUACGCUGGAUUUAGAGGGAGGAACUGAUACUGAAACUGACUACUCCCUAAUCAACCCUUUAUGUGUUUUUACAAGUACUGUACAUUAUGAGAUAUUUGUAUUUAUUAAUGCAUGCCUCAAACUGAAGGACAACAGGGUUGCUGCUCAUAUCUAAAAGUAAGUAAAUAUUGUGUCCCGAUUGCUGUGGGAGAACAACGUUUUAGAGGCCUCAAUUAAUUUGCCUACAAUUUGCCGAACUUGAGGUUCACCUUUUAAAAAUAGGUUCAUCAGUUAAAUAAAUAUUAUAAUUUGUGAAAUAAAAUUAGAUCUUCUGGCACCAAAGCCAGGAAAAAUGCAUAAUGAAUGGAUUACCCAAUUAGUUGUCUCAUUCUAAAAAAAAAAAAAAAAAGAAAAUCACAAAAGUAAUUAAACUAACAGGCUUGUGCAGAUUUUAUAAAUGUUUUUUUUGUUUUUCUUACAUAUUAGCACCUUUCCAACUGACAGAAGAGAGAUUCAAAUGACAAAAGAAGUUUUGUACUAAAAUAGGGUUAACUGUUGGUCAGACUGGGUCCAUGAUAGAGACAAGUUCAGGAGAAACAAAAGCACACCUAAAAUAUUUUUAGAAUGGUGAUUACAAGCACUACAAUUUACAAUUUAGCAAUUUACAACUGAGAGGCACACUUCACAAUAAGACUCAUUCAACUCUGGGAAUCCAAACUAGUUUUCUUCAUAAUCCGUAAGAUGACUGGACAUCCUCAUGCUGCUUGUGUGUUAAACAUCUAAACAGAAGGCACAUUCAAGCAUCUGAACAUUGCACUUAAGAUGAACCAGGCUUGUGAAAAUCCACAAUUCUCUUCUUGAUAUUGUACUUGCGUUAUUUCUUUUGAAUUCGUCCUUAUUCAUGAAGUGAAUGAAGUUGUUUGUUUGAGAUGCUACCUCAAAAUAAAAUUACAAUUGAACCCUCCAAUUAACUCUGCCAUUAGUCAGUUAGCAAAUGAAAAUAAUUUUAUCCAUUCUAACUGAGCUAGAACGGGUUUUGCUGUUUAGUCUUCAUCACUCACAAGAUCAGCAAAAAAAUAAUAAAUCCACAUUCAUAAUGUGUAAUUACUUUGAGAAAAAAAAUAUUUCUGUUAUUUUCCCCUUGAGAAAAAAAAAAUUACAUUCAAGAGGGUGCUGGUUGAUUUAAUUAAUACAAAACAGGAGAAAACGUCUAUGCUUGUGCAUGAAUAUGGAUAUAUUGUCUUCACUGCUUCUCUUGCCAACUAUUAAAAAAAAAGUUGGUAACAUGAGACAUAAAAGGCUGACUCAGCAGAUACCAACAUUAUCCGAAUAAAAGUGCUCACUGAGCAUGGCUGAGCACUGUCUGCCUAACAGGCAGUUUUGUUCUUUUCUCCUGGCAGCAAAGGUCAUCAACGGAAGUCAAAAAAGACAUGCAAUGUACAAGAUGAAUUAGAUCUGCUUGAGUGUGUGUUUUUGUUGACUGGCGUAGCUUCUGUGAUAUCUUUACUCAUUAUGCAGGGAAGGCUCCGGCUCUUUCUAGUUUUCACAAAUUACCUGACAACAGAAGCAGCUCAUAUUUGAUGUUUGCUGUUUCACAUGAUCACCUUAUAUUCUGCUUGAGGUGACAUAACAAUCAAGUGACAUGUUGCAGGUAAUCUCGUGAAAUGAUCUCAACUCCCUAAUGACUCAGUAAGAGGUGAAAUCUAACAAAUUCAACAAUAAAAUAAAAUUAAAAAGAAAAAGAAAAAAUCAGCAGUAAAAAUACACCGCCCUCUGGCUGCUUUAUAUUUUUAUUUUUAUAGUUUUUACAUUUAGCCAUGGGUUUGCGAGAGGCCUGUUAUUGAAGGGCUACUGUCUAGCUAAGGCUAUGACUACACAUAGCCUGGGGUACAUACUCAACACAUACAUAGAAAAUACAACAAACCUAUCCCUAAGUUACUUUUUGAGAAAUAAAGUGGAGAGCAUGUUCAACCCACAGAAAAAUGGUAGUGGGAAAAAAAUCCUAAGAAUCCAAGAAAACUGCUCUGUUUGUAUUUGCCAUCCCGUUUCCUAUUAGUCCAAAUUAACUCAGCUGGUUUAGUGCAAGUUGAUGGUGUAUAAGAAGGAUUUUCAUUACCGAGGUAAAGACCCAUGCAAAAGGCUCUAUAAGAUUGCUUACAGAGGUAUUAUUAAACUUAGAAAUUUGCCAGUGACCACAGUCCAUGACACUGAAGAGGAAACAAUAAAACUUCAACAUAAACCAAUCUUAACCAAGUGUUCCUCACUAGAUUUCUGACAAAGAAGUCAACAAACUAAUCAGAAGAGUUCAAAAUAAUCAGGUGCUGAAGGGCAAUCAUGAAGAGCUUCAGAGAGAUCUGGAAUUAGCAAGUACAGUUUUUCUCUUUAAGUAAUUCACUAAAUCACAAAGAUUUCUUUGCACAGCUACUGCACAAGACUCCCCCUCAAGAAAAAGUUUUUUUUUAAAGCUGUUAAGGGUUUGCUCUAAACCUUUUAUACAACCCGUGAAACAGUGGGUUAAUCUAGCCUUGUUGGUUGAGAAAAAAAUUAAAGUCUUUGAAUGUAAUUGUUUUUGUCACCAUGUUGGAAGGAGAAAACGCAUAACACCUCACGCCAAAAACACCAUACAAAAGGUGAAACUUGACGGGAGCAUCAUUUCCUUGGAUUAUUUCAAUUUUACCACUUGAUGUGAUUGAAUGAUCUGGCUUUAAAAAGUACAUAUGUAUAUAAGACAAUGAUUCCAAAAACAUAAAGACACAAUAAUUGGGUUAAGAGAACAAAAUCAAGGUUGUUAAAAUGUCCCAGUUAAUCUCUUGCUUAAAGGGAGUGUAUUAUGCAAAAUCAACUGUUUAGAGCUUUAUAUGAUGUUACAAUGUCAUUCCCUCAUCAAACACAUAACCAGACUGUUGCUCAUUUAUGCAUGUCUAAGAAAACCUUGAAUCUCGAGUGGCAGCCAAUUGGCGGAGCCUUAACGCCUGCUCAUGCAAUGCGCUUGUUCUUUUAGUUCUUCCCCCAAAGCUCCACCCUGGAGUUUCAGUCCACAGCUGAGCUCCACGGCUCCACCAGACUAGCGAUGGCAGUGAACAGCGAGCACCUGGUGGAACUGUGAGUCUGCUGAACUAAUCACACAAACUACAAUGUUCUUAAGUAUGGCUGUAAACAGCAUCAAUGGACGGCAUGGGGAAGCUUUCUUUGGAUGACGUACUGAAAGGGGGGUUCUUAAAGGAACAGAGGCAAAUUUCAAGGUGUCAGAAUCGGCUUUGACAUGAAGUCAAAUUUCUGAAGUUGUUCUCAAAUUAUUUUUAAUAUAUUCAGAAUUUUUAUAACAAUUGAAUGUAACUGAUUGUGCCAUAAAGUGGCUCUACGUGUCUGAAAAAUAUAUAAUACCCCCCAUUUAAAUUAAAUUUGAAAAUCUUGUGAAAGAACUGAAUCAAGCAGUUUAGACACGUUUCUCUGAACCUGAAAGAUUUGGAGACAGUUGGUUUUGAAAAAUCGGUUGCAUCACAAUAAUGCAUGUUACUGGUUUCACCAUAAAAAAACAGAUCUCAUCAUGAUGCACUUUUCUAAUUAUAACAAAAUAAGUAAGGUGUUUAAUCCCAAUUCUUUAUAUAACUCCACUUACUUUUUUGACUUUUUGAUUUGUUUGUUUCUGAGUAACUUGGGUUGUGACUGAUAUAUGGUCAAUAGGAACAUUAGAGACUGGGAAAAACAAUGCAUGAAAUUCAUCUUUCUGUAGGUGUUUGUCCAUUUAUUUGGACACUGAAAUGUAACUAUAAGUACAAAUUUCUGGUAACUCAAAAUGUUCAUUUCUACCUCUUUACUUUCAAAGUGGAGGACAUAGACUAAUGCUGCUAUGACAACUUUUAAAAGUUGUUAUAGUGUGUCUUAAAACAAAAUAAACAGAUGUGCUGAAAGUGUUUUUGUUAUAUUUUAUGACUAUAUAUUUUUAACAACUUUUCAGUGAAUCUAAUUCACAGUAAAGCCUAUGAUUUUUUUCUAUCAGUAAAUACGGUUGAUGAUUGUAGUGGUUUUAGUAAAACAUGUCCACAAACAUAACCUUUAGUAGCAUAACAUGGACCUACCCUAACAUAAAUUAUUGCUGCAUCCAAAAGUAGACUUGGAGCAACACUCUGCAACUCUUUACAUUAGAAACAACUGUGUUUUGUAUGAAUGCCUACUUCAAACCCUCAAUGUGGCAUAUCCCCAGGCAGGCUUUUGCUUCCUAACCCCUUAACUAAAGUCAAUAUACUUAGUCAUAAGUUUGUGAAUGCUAUGUUAAAAGAAACUGUGACAGAAGAAUAAAGGCCAACGAGCAUCUGUGGUCUUUAAACCAAACGAGUUUAUUCUAUGAGUUUUCUACUGACAGCAGAGACUUGUGGGGCUUGAGUGUGAAUCCUUUAACACUGAGCUGUGAGAUAAAGUGAACGAUGCCUCAGGCUGUCUGUAGCCUGAGUUUAUUUCACCUGACACGUGUAGCUUCAUGUGAAAAUCUUGUAUUCGUAAAAACGUUUUUAAAAAAGAAGAAAAAAGAAACACCAUUUGCAAAGUGAAGUUUUUCUAAAGCUUUUAUAAAGAUGCUGCUGAAAGUCCAUUCAUCUACAGCUUUUACUUUUACUACAUUGCAUAUUGAUCAACUCCUACAUGUGCAGGGUGGCAUCUCAUUACUUUAUCUUGUUCUGUAACCUUCAGAAUAAAGUGGAUAAAAAAAGAAUAAUUAAAGCGUGGCUUGGUAUGGUAUUCAUUUCCAGAAAAAAAAAAAAAAAAAAACUUAAUGAUUGUACUUCUGUGAUGUUUUCACACCGAUGGUGGUUUGUUUGUUGCUAGGACAUUACAAAAGAAGGAAACGAUUGUUAAGACUUGAGGAUCAAUGAAGACAUUUAAAGGUAAGUCUGCAGCAACCAAAGGUUACAGUCACUUUCAGACUCUCCGUCAAAGACAAAAUGCUGUUUUCAACGCUCAUAUUUUUCUACCAAUAUGCAGAUGAACAUGAGAAGAAUAUACAUAUCAGAGACUCGGCUUCAAGCCAUGAGCUGAGAUGGUUUGUUUGGCCCUACAUUUUGUGGGCAAAGAUGGACACUGAAACCAGGAAAUGCAACUGUGAAAAUCUGCUUCUGAUGUCUCUUUUCUACUGUUUUCUUCUUCAAUAUUAAAUGCUACAACUCCCUUUGUGUUUAUUCUGCAUCAUGAGCCAUUCCCUCCUGGGUCAUGUACACUGGCUUUACUCAUAAAGAUAAUAUAGUGUACAUACUGUAUAGGGCUGCAUGUGUGAAUAUAAGUGUGUAUAUACAGUAUGUGUUUGUAAAGAUGCCAUCUAUAGAUAAAAUACCAUUCAUGAAUAUCAGCCAAAUUGUAUAAAUAAGAAGAAAAAUGUCUCUUCCAGUGUCUUGAAAUGGGGAUGAAGGUUUUUUAUUUAUUUUUAUGUAGUUUGAGCUUUAGCAGAGUCACAUUCAAAGUGUUUCCAUAAAUGUCUGUCAUUAAGAGAUUGUGGUGCGUGUAAGCUGUCGGAUUAGUAGGUUUGUUCUCUGCAGCUGGGUCUAUUUUACUUAAGCUUGUCUAAAAUUUCCAUGAGACUGCUAAGACGAUGCCUCCAUAAAUGGAGCCAAAUGGCAUAUUUGUAUAAGACUCUCUGUCGGACAAGUCUUACAUAAAUAUGCCGUAAUUGGUCAGUUCCAAAGCUUUUGGUAUGCCCAACCCAUUGUUACACAUCAGGUGCCCACAUGUUGUAGUGUAAAUGUACUAUAUUGAGAUAGAAACACUUCUAAAUAACACAAGCAAUGCUACAGAUGUCAUUGUCUUUUAUUGGGAUUUUAAGUGACAUACAAACACUAAACAGUGUCUGAUUCUGAAUUAAAAGGAACAUGAUGAUGUGUGGCUUGCAUUUUAAUUUCGCCUCACUGAGUUUUUACUAGAAUUAUAUCCAUUACAGGGCCUCACUGUGGUACAGCAGUUCCCUCGAAUACUGAGGCUGUCAGUCCAUCUGUGGCUUGAUUAAAAACAAAAGAAGCUUUCCUUCAUGUCUUUGCCAUUCUCUCUCUGCCCAUUAUUUGCCUGUAACUCUGUAAAUGAAUGCCACUAGUGCCACAAUAUACAGUAUUUAGAAAAUGUUAUCAAUUACAACUCUGUGCUUUUAAGAAAUGUCUCUGUCAGCUUUCUCAUCUAAAGAUGAUCAUUUGCUACCAUGAGUGUUUUUAGUUUUGUCACAGAUUCUGAAUUGAUUUGGACUUUGUUUGAACCCUUAAAACAUAUACAUAAAUGUG